UGUGCUUCAGCGCCUCCAUGUUUUCUGGCCUCUGUCCAGUUUCCUGUUUUACGUCACUUGCUAGUUAACUGCUGCAGCUUUUACAACUGUGCUUUCAAGUGUAAUCUGAGCUGGAACUGCCCAACUUCAGCUGCCACGGCUCCUGCCUACGAGAGAGAGCUCUGAAUCUCCCCUCUCUCUACCUUUCCAAGCUUCAGAUUCUCUCCCUCUGUCCCUUCCGCCCCAGGCUGCAGGACCAGGAAUCCUGCGGCGAUUAAAUUGCUUGGGAUCGAGAGAAAGAAGGGCAGCGGGGCAAAAACUCCAGGUCACUUGCAAAAGGUCAUCAACCUUUCCGGUGCGCCUACCUUUUUUGUUUGUUGUGCCUGUGUGGGCAGAAAGCCUUAAUGAUGUUUUGCUGGAAGGGCUUUUGAAUUCGACUACUGGGCUGCUUUUCCUACUCCUCCUCCCUCCAGGCGCUCUCGUUCGCUACUUCAUUUCUGGGAAGCCAUGGACAAAAGGCAAGGAAAAAUCAAGAACAGAAAGGAUUUAAAAAUAUCAUGUGUCUCCAACAAGCCACCCGUCUCCAACCCAACGCCUCCUAGGAACCUGGACUCUAGGACCUUCAUUACAAUUGGUGACAAGAACUUUGAAGUGGCAGCUGAUGACUUAGUUUCCAUAUCAGAGUUGGGUCGGGGUGCCUAUGGAGUAGUGGAGAAAGUUCGACAUGCUCAGAGUGGAACCAUCAUGGCUGUCAAGAGGAUCCGAGCGACUGUGAACACUCAGGAACAGAAGAGGCUUCUCAUGGAUCUGGAUAUCUCCAUGAGGACUGUUGACUGCUUCUAUACUGUCACCUUCUAUGGGGCCCUUUUCAGAGAGGGAGAUGUAUGGAUCUGUAUGGAACUGAUGGACACAUCCUUGGACAAAUUUUAUAAGAAGGUUCUGGAGAAGGAGAUGACCAUACCAGAGGAUAUUCUAGGCGAAAUAGCAGUGUCUAUUGUUCGAGCUCUGGAGCACUUACAUAGUAAACUGUCUGUGAUUCACAGAGAUGUCAAGCCAUCCAAUGUUCUUAUCAACAAGGAAGGCCACGUAAAAAUGUGUGACUUUGGGAUCAGUGGCUACUUGGUGGAUUCAGUUGCCAAAACCAUGGAUGCUGGUUGCAAACCCUAUAUGGCGCCAGAGAGAAUCAACCCGGAGCUGAACCAAAAAGGGUAUAAUGUCAAGUCAGAUGUCUGGAGCCUGGGAAUCACUAUGAUUGAGAUGGCAAUUCUUCGGUUUCCAUAUGAGUCAUGGGGGACCCCAUUCCAGCAGCUGAAACAAGUGGUAGAAGAGCCUUCUCCCCAGCUCCCUGCCGAUCGCUUCUCUCCCGAGUUUGUGGACUUCACAGCCCAGUGCUUGAGGAAGAAUCCCGCAGAGCGAAUGAGCUACCUGCAGCUAAUGGAGCAUCCUUUCUUCACUUUGCACAAAACCAAAGAGACAGACAUCGCCGCCUUUGUGAAGGAGAUCCUGGGCGAGGACUCAUAGGGAAAGGACAUUAUUGCUCUAUGGAGAAUCUUCUUCCCCUCUCCCUGGAAAGAAAUGAGGAACAGCGUUCUCGGUGGUUUGCACAGAUCACGUAGUCCCCAGCCCUGUCCACCUGCAGCCUGGAGCACGGCGUUAGUUUAUCUCAUGUCAUCCUGUGUACCUUUGAGCUAAAAGAGCUACCUAGCCAGCACCAUGGAAAUCCAAAGCCAAGAACAAUGUCAGGCCGUUGCUUCCACAGAAGCCCAUGUGACGUUGGGCACAUGGAGUUUCUUCACUGGCGAGACUCUCACAAGCAUGACUCCCAAGGGCUGAGAAACCAGUCCUUUGCUUAGCCAGGAACUGGGCCUGAAGAGUUAAGAUUGGGGUGAUGGUGGUUCUGAAGGCAGAAGGGUAGAUCCAGCAGGUCUUGCAAUGUGCCAUUUGUCCCAAGUGCCAAGAAAACUGACCUACUAAGCAGAGCUGCCCGAUGUUUGGAGUAGAGUGAGUUUCUGGGACUACCAGUUCUGUAAUUUUUUUUGUUGUUGUUUAGUCAUUUAUUCAUCACUUCCCCCAAAUCUCUUUCUUUCUCUCAGCCUUGGAGAAACCUAUUCUCCUCCUGAUACCUCUCACCCCUAAAGUGUAGAAGUUCCUAUCUCUGUACCGAAACCCUCCAUUUUUUUAGACUCUGGAGUCCCUGUCCUUGGAGGGAGAGCUUUGAGCUACUGGGGAUGGGUGGUGGGAUGGCAUGGGCCAAGUAGCCUUUGAAUAAAGCUAUGGGAAGGAGCUUGUCCUGGGUAGUGAUAGGAAGCUUAAUACUAGGUGACAAAGACAAUAUGUCAUCCUUGAUGACUGCUUGAGGCCAUUGUCCCUUUCCCUCUUAUUGUUUCCAGCCCAGUACACCCCCUUUUCUAGGGCUUGAGUGUGUGGAUAUGUCAUGGAAGCGGUGGGUGUGAGAAGUGAGGAUUUGGCCCUCCUGCUGUUCCCCAAGGUGCCGGGCUCUCAGAGGCUCUGCAAGUGCCCUCAUGGUCCCAGUGACCUGCUAAGCUGCUCCAGAAUCCACUCCCAAACCAUCUCUUCUAUACUAGCCUUGGGGAUCAGAUCAGGUUCUUUUUUUUUUUUUUGUCCUUCUGACAACCCAAGAGUGUUAUGAGCCUAUAUAAACAGUAAAUUGUAUAGGGUAGGCAAAACUUAGGUUGUAUAUUUUUUAUAUCUAUAUAUAAUGAACUUUUAAAACUGUUUCCUUGUUUUAAUCUGAUGACAUAGUCCUCCCUCCUGAGGAAAUGGGUUCUGGGGUCAUACCUGAUUACUGUGAAUACCAGAGGGUUGGUCCCAUCCCCUAUCCUGGGUCUUUGCCCAGGCUGCACCUCCUUCCUAGAAGACCCUUUCCCUCCUUUCCUCCAUCUCUUAGAAACUUGCAGCCUUCCUUCAAGGAUUAGUUUAGGGAUAACCUCUUACAUAAAGCCUUUCCUCAUUUUUCUGCUGAGAACUUCCCUUGGGGUGAGAAGGAGCAGAAAGAGCUAUCUGUGGAAAUAAACUUUAGGACCAGUUAUUUUCUUUGAGGAAGUAUCCAGCUGUCUUUGAAACUGCUGGGGGUGGAGAUGGAGAGAGGUACGGUAUGGAUGCUGUAAAGCCGGCUUGGUCAAGAAGCUAAUGUUCACAACUUAGUUCAGGGGUCCUCAAACUUUUUAAAUAGGGGGCCAGUUCACUGUCCCUCAGAUUGUUGGAGGGCCGGACUAUAG